GAAUUUUCCUCUUUAUUAUUGACCCUUCUUGCUAUUGACCGACACAAUCCACCAAUAUCAGAACCCCCUCAAAGUCUAUCAUCCAAACAAGGGCACAAAGCCACAAACAUAUGGAUUCCAUCAAUUUCAUCAAAGGCUACAACAAAGUGAACCACCCCCAUGAAAAUCAAACUCCUCCACCUCAAAAACGCCUCACCGCCGCUAUCACCGUCACCAUCUCCGCCGUCUUACUCAUCGGUUUUAUGGUUGCAGUAUUCAUUCAUCAUGAAUCUAACACAAACGCUCAACCACCCGCCUCACCUUUUCUCUCCUCCGACUCCAUGGCCUCAAUCAAGACAGUUUGUAGCGAGACUCAGUACCCUGACUCAUGCUUCUCCUCCAUAUAUUCCCUCAACGUCCCAACUAACUCCGACCCAGAAAUCAUCUUCAAGCUAUCCCUCCAAGUCAGCAUCAAAGGGCUCUCAAAUAUCACUUCUUUCCUCAAAACUCUUAACGAUGUCCACUCUGAGCCUGCUUUACAAGAUUGCAUGACUCAGUUUGAGGACGCUCUGACUCGACUUAACGACUCGGUAUCUGAGAUGGAGGUGGGCUCCGGAGAGAAGAUGUUGACAGAUAGGAAGGUCAACGAUGUCCAGACGUGGAUUAGUGCCGCCAUGACGGAUGAAGAUAGUUGCCUUGAUGGGUUGGAGGAGAUGGGAUCAAAGGUUUUUGAUGAGGUGAAGAGUAAAAUGCAAAAGUCAAAGGAGGCGUUGAGUAACAGCUUGGCGAUUAUUGCCAGCAUCCAGACUCUUCUUCAGAAGUUUGGUCUUACAAUGCAUUGACCAAACCAAAGAAAAUUCCAAUUCCUGCAUUUUGAUUUUUGAAUAUUAUGUGUGUAUAAUAAUAUAUCAUGUGUAUAUGGAAUUAAACAUUUUAAUUCUUUGUUAAUGGUGAUUUAAAGGAUGGCUCAAGUAUAUGUGCUUUUCCUAUUUUGUUGAUUUCUAUCUUUGUCUCCUCACUUUGGUUGCUUUUAA